AUGGCGUCAUUCGUGAAGAUAGGUGUUCUCUACUGGUUUGCAGCUUCUCUUUUUGCCGGCCUGGCAUCGUAUCCAAUGGUAGGCACUGAUGCAGCAAAGGCGGGGCUGCCGGGCCUCUCUUCUGAUAACAGCGGUUUCCUCUUUCGCUUAUCAAAUCGGGCUUCUCCUCUGGCUGUCAAGGAGGAGCCUGCAGAGCCGCGCAGCGAUGAAAACCCAGAUCACGAGAAACAAGAACUGGGCAAGAGGCAUGAGGGCAUGAAGUCCGACGAAGAAGAGCCCGAGCUCCAGACCGACGAAACACAAGGUGGGGAAGGUUCGCUUCACGACACACCGCCGAAACGCGUACACCUGCAGGCGACGCAGUCAACUGAGCACCGUCUGGAAGGCGAGGGGAACAAGGUUCCGGCUAGCGGCUUUCAUACACGGGGCGCAAGGUCACGGGGCGCAAGGUCAGAUGCAGAACAUCUGAACCCGAGUGCGGACAAACACCCAACUCGUGAGGAGCCUCAAGGUCACGCCAAAAGCAGCGAUACUACCGGCCCUAUCGCGAACCACACGGACCGGCCUGUAGGCAAUACGGAAAGCGAAGAGCCAAUUGCACACACCACACAACCGGGAAGCAUGUAUCCACAAGCGAACUCUUCACAGCCGAGCGGUAACCUAAUGACGAACGCGGGCGUGCCGGCUCAUUAUCCAGUAAACGAAACGAUCCCGAAGCCGGAGGCCGAACGGGUGGAGCCGCCGAUUGAAGACCAGCACACGGGCGAGAAGCCUAUACAUGAAGAGACGCAUCCGGGAGACGAGCGGCCUGAGUCAGAAAGGCCGACUGUGCGCGGUGUAGAAUCGCACACGGGCGACGAGCCUGCGCAUGAAGAGGAGCAUCCAGGAGACGAGCGGCCUGAGUCAGAAAGGACGACUGUGCGCAGUGAUGAGUCGCACACGGGCAAAAAACCUGCGCAUGAAGAGGAGCAUCCGGGAGACGAGCGGCCUGAGUCAGAAAGGCCGACUGUGCGCAUUGAUGAAUCGCACACGGGCGAGGAGCCUGCGCAUGUAGAGGAGCAUCCGGGAGACGAGCGGCCUGAGGCAGAAAGGCCGACUGUGCGCGGUGUAGAGUCGCACACGGGCGAGGAGCCUGCGCAUGAAGAGGAGCAUCCGGGAGACGAGCGGCCUGAGUCAGAAAGGCCGACUGUGCGCGGUGUAGAGUCGCACACGGGCGAGGAGCCUGCGCAUGAAGAGGAGCAUCCGGGAGACGAGCGGCCUGAGUCAGAAAGGCCGACUGUGCGCGGUGUAGAAUCGCACACGGGCGAAAAACCUGCGCAUGAAGAGACGCAUCCGGGAGACGAGCGGCCUGAGUCAGAAAGGCCGACUGUGCGCGGUGUAGAAUCGCACACGGGCGAGGAGCCUGCGCAUGAAGAGACGCAUCCGGGAAACGAGCGGCCUGAGUCAGAAAGGCCGAAUGUGCGCAUUGAUGAAUCGUACACGGGCGAGGAGCCUGCGCAUGUAGAGGAGCAUCCGGGAGACGAGCGGCCUGAGGCAGAAAGGCCGACUGUGCGCGGUGUAGAGUCGCACACGGGCGAGGAGCCUGCGCAUGAAGAGGAGCAUCCGGGAGACGAGCGGCCUGAGUCAGAAAGGCCGACUGUGCGCGGUGUAGAAUCGCACACGGGCGAGGAGCCUGCGCAUGAAGAGGAGCAUCCGGGAAACGAGCGGCCUGAGUCAGAAAGGCCGACUGUUCGCGGUGUAGAAUCGCACACGGGCGAGAAACCUGGGCAUGAAGAGACGCAUCCGGGAGACGAGCGGCCUGAGUCAGAAAGGCCGACUGUGCGCGGUGCAGAAUCGCACACGGGCGAAAAACCUGCGCAUGAAGAGACGCAUCCGGGAGACGAGCGGCCUGAGUCAGAAAGGCCGACUGUGCGCGGUGUAGAAUCGCACACGGGCGAGGAGCCUGCGCAUGAAGAGACGCAUCCGGGAGACGAGCGGCCUGAGUCAGAAAGGCCGAAUGUGCGCAUUGAUGAAUCGCACACGGGCGAGGAGCCUGCGCAUGUAGAGGAGCAUCCGGGAGACGAGCGGCCUGAGGCAGAAAGGCCGACUGUGCGCGGUGUAGAGUCGCACACGGGCGAGGAGCCUGCGCAUGAAGAGGAGCAUCCGGGAGACGAGCGGCCUGAGUCAGAAAGGCCGACUGUGCGCAUUGAUGAAUCGCACACGGGCGAGGAGCCUGCGCAUGAAGAGGAGCAUCCGGGAGACGAGCGGCCUGAGUCAGAAAGGCCGACUGUGCGCGGUGUAGAGUCGCACACGGGCGAGGAGCCUGCGCAUGAAGAGGAGCAUCCGGGAGACGAGCGGCCUGAGUCAGAAAGGCCGACUGUGCGCGGUGUAGAGUCGCACACGGGCGAGGAGCCUGCGCAUGAAGAGGAGCAUCCGGGAGACGAGCGGCCUGAGUCAGAAAGGCCGGCUGUGCGCAUUGAUGAAUCGCACAGGGGCGAGAAACCGCAGCGUGGUGAGACGAGCCCGGGUGGCACGAGGCGUGAUUCGGACGGGCACAAGGGCGGAGGCCCAAUAAAAGAGAAAGGUCAUUUGUCAACUGUAGAUGAGCUUGAGAAGACUGCCAGAAUGUUGCUGGAGAAGCUGCUUCAGGAACUGACUGGACAGCUCGAGCCCCGGCAGGCUGUAGAAUCGAAACGCUUGGUUGAUGACUUGCAAGAUGUCAUCACUACAACGGAUAAAGUGAAGGUCGAUGGCGAAGCAUUCUUCCAGGCAACAGUGGACCUAUACGAAGCACUGAAGCGGCUGCGCGCGGUCGAAGAAAGAAUGCAUGCCCCCAGGACUGAGGUUAUUGAAGUGGUCGCGAACGUCUUGGCUAAGCAUGAAAUGGCACAAGCCCGAGCCAUCUCAUUUCUCCGAAUUCUGGAGCACCUUGCAGGGUUGCUUGAUAGAGCAGAAAUGAAGCGAAUGAUGUCAGAGGAAGCGCAUGGCCGCCGCUGCGUCGAAGAUGCCACAAAAGCGAUCGAAGAGCUUGGGCGCCUCAUGAGGAACGAAGCAAGGCAACAGUGCAGGGACCUUGCUGCAGUCACCUUAUGGUUUGUAAGUCGUACACAUAAGCCUGGUACUCAGGAAUAA